AUGAGUGCUAUCAAUAACAACACAGCAGUGGCAUCAAAUAUUACAACAGGUUCAUCAAAUUGGCUUCUUCAUUUGUCUCUUUGGUCAUUACGUAUCUUGUGUCCAUUGUUUAUCAUUAUUUGCCCUAUUUUAAAUUGGGCUUGUAUACGAGUAUUUCAAUCACAAAUAUAUGCUCGAUCAUCAUCAAAAUGGUAUUUUAUAUUUAUAGCUAUAUUCGACACAAUUUAUGUACUCGUUACAGCACCACUUUUAUUUUUAAUAACCUUAGAAAUCUAUAUUCUAAACUGGCAUAUAUUACUUUGUAAAUCGAUAGUUUUUUUAAACUAUUUAUCUUGUCAAAUUUCAGCCGGUCUAUUAGCAUGUUUGUCAAUCGAUCGUCUUGUUGCAACAUCAUAUAUAUCAUCUUAUCGUCAAAAUUGUACAACAAAUUUAUCCAAAAUUCUUUGUUUAGCUGUUAUAUCAGUAUUUUCAAUUUUGAAUUCACAUUAUUUAAUUGGUUAUACAAUUGAUUCACAUGGUUAUUGUAGCACAAAACACUAUCAAUGGUAUGAAAAAAAUUAUACAAGAUUAAAUGUUGUUUAUUUACUAUCAUAUUCGAUUAUACCGUUUACAAUCAUAGCCAUAUGUAAUAUAUUUAUUGUUAUAAGUGUCUGUCGAAAUAAAACAAAUAUGAAGAAAAAAUAUGAUUGCAAACCUUCAAUUAACUUAUCAAAUAUUAGUCAUGAACAAAUUGGAUCACCGAAAGCUGCAUCUAAAAAAUGUGAUAAACCGAUUAAAAAAUUAAAAUUUGAACAAAGCUCAACAGACGAUACUCCUAUUAAUGAAAAUAAACAUGAAAUACUUGUAUCAAUGAAAAAUGAGAAAGUGAUAAAUAAUCUCAUAGAUUCCAAGUUCAAUUGGCAGUGCAAUCGAAACGAUGAUCUCUUGAACACAUCAUUAUUAAACGCUAAAGAACGAACUAAUUCAAUAGAAACUCCACCAUCACCAUCAGAAAAAAAGGAAGCAAAUAUACGAUUAUCAGGUGAACGGCCAUUAGGAUCAAGUGCAUUUUCAUCACUAACAUCACCAACAAAUCCACAAAAAAUGUGUAUGCAACUACAAAUAACAAUAAGUUUAUUAGUUAUAUCAAUUUGUUUUAUUCUUUGUACUUUGCCAAAUUGUAUAUCGACAAUUAUGAUUCAAACAUACACAAAUGAUGAGCAUGUCAGAAAGUUUUGGCAAGCAAUGAAUUUUUUUUCUGUUGUUCCAUUAUUGGCAACGCAUUCAGUGAAUUUAAUUUUUUAUUAUUUAUCAUCUAAGAUGUUUCGAGAACGUUUCAAACAACAUUAUUUCAAGAAAAGAGCUUAG